AAAAUUUUCAAUUUUUCAACACCAUUUCUAUUUGGUUUAUCCAACAUAAAAAAAUUAUUCCAAUGAAAAAAAUAAAUAAAAAUCAUCAAUUUCUUAGCUCAAAAACAACAUGAUAUUCUCUACAAAAGUUUAAUCUAAAUUCUAACGAUACAUUUUGUCAUAAAAAUUACGAUGGAUAACAUGGAGGAAGAAGAAAGACAUGUUCUAGAGGCGGAAAUGAAUAGAAAUGAAUCAUCAUCAUCAUCAUUGUUAACCACCUCAUCAAUAUCAUCUUCUUCUUUAUCAUCGUCACCUCACACAUCCUUGUUAGCAUCACAAAAUGACACUGAAGAACAGGUUGAAUCUUCAACUAAUUCCCAAUCAGUAGUAGAAUAUGGUAGACGAUGUAUCAGUAUUCAAGCCAUGCAAUCACUUUAUGAUCUUUGUCAAAAUAAUCUUCUCUGUGAUGCGAUCAUUCGCCUAGAAGAUGGUGGAGUUUUUCCUAUUCAUCGAGCUAUUCUUUCAACUUGCAGUAGUUACUUCAGAACUUUAUUUACUACCAUUUUUUACUCACAAGAAAAAUCUGAUGUUUUUAUACCUGGUGUUUCAAGUGAAGUUAUGCAUCUCUUACUUAAAUACGCUUAUCUUCGAUCUUUAAAAUUAACUCACGAAAAUGUUUGUCAGCUCUUUAUUGCUGCUAAUUACCUUUGCAUGUUUGGAAUUCUCGACAUUUGUCGUAAUUACUUUCGAGACAAUCUAACACCUGAAAAUUGCAUUGGAGUUUUAAGAUUUGGUAGAGAUCAUUGCUGUCAAGGUCUAGAAAGUGACACUCAUGCAUACAUUAUGAGGAAUUUUGUUGAGAUAGCUCAGAAAAGCGAAGAAAUAAUAAAACUUUCAAUUGACGAGCUAUGCCCAUUGAUUGAUGCUGAUGAAUUAAAUGUAAAGAGUGAAGAAAUAGUCUGGGAAUUUAUUGUCAAAUGGAUUGAUCACGAUCCUGACAAUCGCAAACAAUACAUCACGCAAUUAUUAAGAACAGUCCGAUUGGGUUUACUAGACACACAGUAUUUUUAUGAAAAAGUCAAAGAACACAAAUAUGUAGCUUGCGUUGAAGUGUGUCGACCAAUAAUCAUUGAAACUCUUAAAUUCCUUUACGACUUGGAGAUGAUAAUGCAAAAGCAUGAAGAAUUAGCAACACCAAAGAUUGCAAGACCACGAAUUCCUCAUGAAAUAUUGUUUGUUUUUGGUGGCUGGAUUGGAAAUAAUCCAACAAGUUUAAUAGAAACUUAUAAUACCAGAGCAGAUUGUUGGAUACCACAGCUAGAAAUAGACUCAAGUGGUGGAGGUCGAGCUUACCAUGCGGCUGCAAAAAUUGGUUUCAAUAUUUAUGUCGUUGGUGGAUAUAAUAGCAUUGAAUAUUUUAACAGCUGCCGAUGUUUUAAUGCUGUUACUAAAACCUGGCGAGAAGUGGCUCCAAUGAAUUCUAGGAGAUGUUACGUCGCUUUGGCAGUGCUAGAUGACAUUAUUUAUGCUAUGGGGGGGUUCGAUGGACUCUUGAGGCUCAAAACAGCUGAAAAAUAUGAUUAUCGUACCAACCAGUGGUCACUUAUUGCUCCCAUGAAUGUCCAAAGAUCUGAGGGCACUGCAGCAGCUCUCAACAAUAAAAUAUAUAUCACUGGUGGCUUUAAUGGGAGUGAAUGCACCAACACUGCGGAAUUUUAUGACCCCAAAACUAACCAGUGGACCAUGAUAGCAACAAUGGGAUGUCGAAGGAGUGGAUCAUCUUGUAUUGCCUAUCACAAUUGUGUGUAUGUUUUUGGUGGAUUCAAUGGCAUCUCAAGGAUGAAAAGCUGCGAAAAAUAUAACCCAACUACUAACACUUGGAGCUACAUACCCAGCAUGUAUUAUUCUAGGAGUAACUUUGCUGUUGAAAUCAUCGAUGAUCUAAUCUUUGUUAUUGGGGGCUAUAAUGGAAUCACAUCAACAUUUCAUGUUGAAUGCUACGAUGAAGCUACCAAUGAAUGGUAUGCAGCCACAGAUUUAAAUAUCUAUCGUUCUGGUCAUUCAGCUUGUGUAAUAAUGGGCCUGCCAAAUGCUCGAGAUUACAUUUAUCAGCAUCAUGACAGCCUAAUGGAAGAAAAACGACAGAAAUUAUUGGCUCUUGAACUUCAACGUAAUUAUCAGAAUCAACAGAAUCAUCAACAACAAAAUCAACAAAAUCAAUUAACUCAACAAUUCUUGGCUAAUAUUAAUAUUAAUUUAAAUAAUAAUACAGCUAAUACGGCAUCAACAUCCAUGGCAUUAGCAAGAAUUAAUAAUCAUCGUAAUAAUCAUCGCUGAAAAAUAGUUUUUUAAA